CUCAACAAUCACAGGCAAGCGGCACACCAUCGUCAUCGUGUUAUAAACUUCUAGUCCCGCAAUGGAGCUCUCCUCAUCUCUGUCUACACUGCCACUAGCGCCAUGGUGGACCUCACGCAACACCCCGUAAAGGCCAUCUAUGGGCUCGGCGCCCUGGGCUUCGAGCUCGUGCGCUUCCCCAUCAUCCUCAUCAAGUUCCUCGUGCUCGGUCGCCAGCAUCCCAGCUGGACUCUUCGACAGGCUAUCACCGUACACGCAUUCUUCUCUGGAUUAUGGCACGUGUCCAAGGUGCAGGUUGCCACGCCGUUACCCCUGACACCGGAACAAGAAAAGGAACGCUUCGUAGUCAUCAAGCCGGCGAAGAAGGAUGCAUACAAGGGGCCAUUGAGAAGCAACGAGGACGUUGUGCCUGUGGAAAUCGGGGCGACGUGGUUUCCUGCGCCGUUGACCACAGGUAGCGAUAAGAACAUCAAGGUCGUUCUCCACAUACACGGCGGAGCUUUCGUUACGGGAGACGGACGUACAGCAGCCAGCGGACCCAUGGCAAAGAAACUUCUCAAACACACACCAGCCACGCACAUCUUCUGUCCGCAAUACCGCCUCUCCACCCUGCCCGUCUCGAGGACGUCGAACCCGUUCCCAGCCGCCCUCCAAGACAGUCUGACAUCAUACCUAUACCUCUUGAACGACCUCGAGAUCUCCCCAAAGAACAUUAUCCUCUCAGGAGACUCAGCAGGCGGCAACCUCGCUAUCGCACUCCUCCGCUACAUCUCUGACUACGGCUCCGAACUCGGUCUACCCGCCCCCUCCUGCGCGCUCCUCUGGUCACCAUGGACCAACCCCGCCGAUACCUCCGGCUCCUACGUCCACGACAACCGGAACUACGCUACAGACUACAUCUCGCCUCCCUUCACGGCAUGGGGCACAAGCGCGUAUGCGGGCGAGGGUGGGGACAAGGUCCUGUCGCAGCCUUACGUGUCGCAGAAGAACCGGACGUUCAAGACUAAAGUGCCCAUGUUCGUGAAUACGGGCGGCGGAGAGGUACUAUACUUUGAUAUUGUGGAGUGGGCGGAGAAGAUGAAGGCAGCAGGGAACGAUAUUCAGCUGGAUAUUGAGGAGCAUGUCCCACAUGACAUCCUUCUUCUUGGCCAUCUUCUAGGGUUUGAACAGGAGGCUGUGAACAUGGCUAAGCGGGCGGGUGAGUGGUUGAGGGGAAGGGUAUAAAAAGCAGGCACGAGACAAUCGCCACGAUGAUGCGAACGGCUCGUCGCGUGCAUCAUCGCGUGUACAAUCUACGUAGCACUAAAAAUGUUUCACAUUUUCAGGCACUCGUGCGAGGCUGACAGUCGCUCUGGCGAGCCAACCAUGAACCCGCAUGACACAAUUUGCUGUCUUUGUAUUGAAUCAAUCCGAAUUUUGUCGCAUGCAAUCGGUAAACGAUGGCACUGGCUUGUUGUAGGCUCAAUGAUGGUGGAGCCAUGCUCCUGUUGUUUGGGAUGUGCCUUGCGGCUCUUAUGGUCGGCACACGGACAGCGCC